CUAUCGACUCUUUCAUAUGUUCUCCUUCCGACUACGUCUCGAAGCCAUGGGCACGGGGAGGUUCCCAAAUUAGGGUUUUCGCCAUGAAGGAUUUCGAAUGUGUAAGUCACUGAUUCCCCCCGUUUCCUUUCGAUUCGUCCGAUCCUGCGCUGUUGAUUCGCUGAUUCACCGCCCAAGGAAGUCGCCUCCCUCCUUGAUCAAGGUUUCGAGCGGGUUACGGCUCCGAGAUUCGAAACAUUGGGAUUCUAGGGUUAGAUUUGUGCCAUUGGGUUGCUUCGUGGCUAGGAAUUGGGAGAUCUCUUCAAGUUCGCUUUUCUUGUGUUUUUUGAGGAAAUUUUGAUCGAAGAGGCCGCUGAUCGGAACGUCGGUUGAGGAAGAAGCGCCGGAAAAGAAGAUUUGAUUUUUUAGGGUUUGUAGGUUGUUGGAUUUUGCCGUCGUUGGUCACCGGUUCUGGGAUAAAUGUGUAUAAUUUGUGUGGUUCAGAGGUGGUCGCGGUGGAUCGCCACCAUGCUGCCUUGGCUGUUGAUCCCGCUGCUUCUGUUCUGGGCCAUGUCGCCGUUCCUCCCACCGGGUCUCCGAUUCGAGAUCACCUCGCCCCGGCUCGCCUGCGUCAUGGUCCUUCUCGUGACCCUCUUCUGGUACGAGAUCUUGAUGCCUCAGUUGUCGCUUUGGCGGACCCGCCGGUCGGCUCGCCUGCGGGAGCGCCGCCGUGCCCUUGCGAUUGAGAUGCAGAAACUUAAGAAGACUGCAACCCGCCGCUGCCGGAACUGUCAUACUCCGUACCGAGACCAGAACCCCGGUGGAGGACGCUUUAUGUGCUCGUACUGCGGCCAUGUUUCUAAGAGGCCUGUCUUGGACCUUCCACGGUCGGUUGGUAGUUCAGGAGUUAAUGAUCUUGUUGGCAAGAAUGGAUGGAUGUGUAGUCAGGACUGGUCAGCUGAGGGGAGUAGGAAUUGGGCCAACCCUCUUCCCCACUAUUGGCCAAGUGAUGAUCAGUGCUCCACGGAGAAGUCGUGUUCUGGUGUGGUGCUUUUUCCUUGCAAGCUGCUAUUUUGUUUCUUUACUUGGUUGUUCAGAAAAGUUUUUGGAUUUGGUUCGAGGGAAGAUGGCUCUGAUGCAGACCAGAGUGGGUCAUCAUCUAAGAGAGGGGAAAAUGGAGGAAACCUGCAGGAGAGCAGAUGGGAGAAAGCUAGAAGGAAAGCCGAGGAGAAGCGUCAAGCAAAGUUGGAAAAAGAGAUGCUGGAAGAGGAAGAAAGAAAGCAAAGGGAGGAGGUUGCAAGGCUGGUAGAAGAAAGGAGGAGAAUACGUGAUGAGAUGCUGAAAACUGAGAAAGAGCAUUCUGAGAGUUCUGUUGCUCAUAGGGAAAGGGAUAAUAGGAAGGUAGCAGAGAGAGGAAGGCCUGAAAGAAAGAAGGACAAGGAUAAAGGAUCCAGCAAAAGUAAUUCUGAUGUCGAGGACCUAGAUAAGAGGAUAAACAGGGAAAGUGAGAGAAAGCGUGAGUUUGAAAAGAGGAAUGAGACUGAAAGACGGGAUUCAUUGAAAACAACAGAUAUGCACAAGCCACAUACAUCAGGGGCUUUGCAUGGGAAUAAAGUAACAAGUAAGCCUAGAUACUUUGCUCGAAUGACAGGUAGUUUUCUAUCUUCUUCUAGAAGUUUAAGUGGUGCCACUUUUUUCGGGAGAAAUACUCAUAUCCCAGCUACCGUUAACAAAGCUAGUAAGCCAUCUGCUGGAUUCAUGGAUCAUGUUUCUGAUAAAAAAAGAGAUUCUCAAGUGAUCGGGGAUAAAAUGGUCAAGGCUACUCCAAAUGGAGAUGGUAGAGUUCAGGGGGCCAACACUCAUGAGCCUGUAGGUUCAUAUGCACAAUUACUACAAGGUACUUCCAAAAAAUCAUGGCAUCAACUGUUUACUCGUUCAGCUACUGUAUCUCCUUGCCCUGACACGACUACUACAUAUCAAAAUGAGAAUGUCCAAGUAGAAGCUCAAAGUGAAUGUUUAGGUAAUAAAAGAUUGCUGCCUAGUUAUUCUUCUGGGCAACCAUUGCCUUCCGCUGCCUGUACAUCAGUCGAUGGUGCCUUUAGUAGCAGUUCAGUCUCUUCUUUGGUAGCUGAAUCAUUAGUUCCUUCUUCCAAAGAUGCAGGUGCAAGUUCAAUAGCAGAUGAAACAGAACUCUUUGAAGAUCCAUGCUAUGUUCCAGAUCCAAUAUCCUUACUUGGGCCAGUUUCUGAAUCGCUUGAUAAUUUCCCAUUGGAUUUGGGGGCUGGGUUUCUUUCUAGUGAUAAGGUGGAAAAGCCUCAAGUCAUUGGGAUUCUUUCUGGUGACAAGGUGCAAGAGCCUCAAGUCAUAAAGAAUAUAUCUGCUCCUCGAAACAUAUCCAAGCCUUCUCCAAUUGAGUCUCCUAUCUCGAGAUUGCGUGUUUCAGAUGAAAAACAGACUGCAUUGGGCCAACUUCCAUGUAAUUCAAAGUCACAGGAUUCACAUCCUACUAUUGUGGAUGAGUCACAGGGUACUUGGCAAAUGUGGGGAACUCCACUUGCUCAUGAUGGUUUGGGAUUAGGUGGGCCUUCCAGCUGGUUUUUGCCCAUAGGGCAGAAGAAUCUGAAACAAGAAGACGCCAUAUAUCCUUUUCCUCACAACCCUAUGACAUCAUUUAUUGCAAAGGAGAGUCCUACUCUUCUGGGUAUACAGGCUCCUCAGCAUGUAUAUGAUGGUAAUCAGCAGAAUGGUGGGACAUAUAAUUUCCAUGGUGUUGGUAUCAAUGGCAGUGAUCAUUGCUUGCAGAAAUCACCCUUCCAGUCAUUGCCUGUUGAUGCAAAAAGCAAUUUGCUUCCUGUUGGUCUUGUGGAUAAUAUGCAACACAUUGACCCAAGACACAAUAGUCCAAAAAGGUCAUCUGCUGACUGUCCUUUUGAGCCAGCCCCUGCAAAUUCUUGGUUCAGAGAUGGCAGUCUUCCGAAUGUUGGCAGGGUGGAGUGGGCAGCUACUGGUCCUCAGCACGAUGGAAACUCUUCCUUUGCAAACUCAAAUAUUGGAGGCUUGUUCUCAGCUAGUCCAGAGACAGCAUCAGUCUGGUCGUUCAGUCAAAAGGAGUCGGUAUAAAACACUGAAGAACUUGUUCAUUUUAUCUUAAAGCUAAUGAAAUGGUCAUCUCACUAGCAUGAUUAGAGAUGCAUGCAUGCAUUCAUGAAUCCCUUCAAGAUGCCCAUUAGUCUUGUUAGAAUGAGUUUAUGAGUUGGCAGGUUGAUAAUGAAGAAGCUCAUCAUUUCUUUUUUUCCAUUCCCUCUUGGUGUAUUGUCAUUUGGAAAUAAUAUUUAUGUCCUUUGCAGUCGA